UCCGCCACAGGGAAUUGUGCCAACUACCAACUCGCAGCGUUUGAGGGGCGAGGACUUUGCAGGGGCGCGGGACUGUGCGGCAGGAAAAUCUCACCAUCAGUGGGCGUUUAGCGCAGCCAAGCGACAGGCUGGCGCCAGGGCUUGGCUACAGGGAGGCGCCGGCUGAGGCGGGGAGAACUUUGGCGCUCCGAGCAGAACCACCCUUCGCUGGCCAGUUGUGUCGCUCCUCCGAGGAAGCCACAGAGGUGGCUCCUGGGCGAAAAGCACGACAGAGAAAGGAAGAGAGGAAGUAAAAAAGGGAAAAUGAAGCAGGCGCUGGCAGAGCCCGCGAAAGGGUGGCCGGCGGGGAAGAGAAGCAGGUUCAGCUGCUGCUUUUCUGCACCCCGGGCGUGAACGCCCUCUCCUCCGCCACCCCAGUAAAUAAAGGGGUGUCAUCUGAACUGAACAGCAAGAGAAAAGAAGCCUGCCAAGUGAGAGCACCGCUCCUCUGUCACUGUCGCCCCCUUGCAAGCCCGUCGGCUUUUUCUGUGAUCAGACGCUGUGCCCCAGGCGCCCUGCAGAUGGGGUGGGCAGGGACCAGGAGCCCAAGCCUCGGGUGACCAGUGCUGGCCCACCGGCCUGCCGUGCUUGAGGAGGAUGAUAGGCGGAGGAGCCGGGGAACCGCAUCCGACCCAGCCCGGCGUCCGCUAGGCUGCAACUUGGAAUGCCCAGGAACCAGUCCGGCUCCUUCGACCGCUUCACUGUGUCUAGGGAAGCUGCGCUCAGGACUUGGAGGCGGAGACCUCAGGCGGCGGAGACCACCGGCGGCGGCUGCAGAGGGGCGAGCCGGGCGCAGGAGGGGGCUCGCUUUCUCCCUGCGGGUCUCAGUAAUGAGGAGACUGAGUUUGUGGUGGCUGCUGAGCAGGGUCUGUCUGCUGCUGCCGCCGCCCUGCGCACUGGUGCUAGCCGGGGUGCCCAGCUCCUCAUCGCACCCGCAACCCUGCCAGAUCCUCAAGCGCAUCGGACACGCGGUGAGGGUGGGCGCGGUGCACUUGCAGCCCUGGACCACGGCCCCACGCUCAGCCAACCGCGCUCAGGACGGCGGCAGGGCGAGUGCCCAGAGGGAUGAGCCAGAGUCGGGGACGUGGCGGCCACCGGCGCCCUCGCAAGGCGCACGCUGGUUGGGGAGCGCCCUGCACGGCCGGGGUCCGCCUGGCUCCCGGAAGCUCGGGGAGGGCGCCGGGGCCGAGACCCUGUGGCCGCGGGAUGCCCUCCUGUUCGCCGUGGACAACCUGAACCGUGUGGAAGGGCUACUACCCUACAACCUGUCUUUGGAAGUAGUGAUGGCCAUAGAGGCGGGCCUGGGCGAUCUGCCACUUAUGCCCUUCUCUUCCCCAAGCUCGCCAUGGAGCAGUGACCCUUUCUCCUUUCUGCAGAGCGUGUGCCACACCGUAGUGGUACAGGGGGUUUCCGCGCUGUUGGCCUUCCCUCAGAGCCAGGGCGAGAUGAUGGAGCUAGACUUGGUCAGCUCUGUCCUGCACAUCCCAGUGCUCAGCAUAGUGCGCCACGAGUUUCCGCGGGAGAGUCAGAAUCCCCUGCACCUACAACUGAGUUUAGAAAAUUCAUUAAGUUCUGAUGCUGUCACUGUCUCAAUCCUGGCCAUGAACAGCUGGUACAAUUUUAGCUUGUUGCUAUGCCAGGAAGACUGGAAUAUCACCGACUUCCUCCUCCUUACCAAGAAUAACUCCAAGUUCCACCUCGGGUCUAUCAUCAACAUCACUGGUAACCUGUCCUCCACCAAGGACCUCCUAAGCUUCCUGCAGGUCCACCUGGAGAAUGUUAAGAACAGCACACCCACAAUGGUGAUGUUUGGUUGCGACAUGGAGAGUAUCCGGCAGAUUUUUGAAGUUUCCACCCAGUUUGGGCUAUCACCUCCUGAGCUUCACUGGGUUCUUGGAGACUCCCAGAAUGUGGAGGAACUGAGGACGGAAGGCCUGCCUUUAGGACUCAUUGCUCAUGGAAAAACAACACCAUCUGUCUUUGAGUACUAUGUUCAGGAUGCCAUGGAGUUGGUGGCAAGAGCUGUAGCCACGGCCACCAUGAUCCAGCCAGAACUUGCUCUCCUACCCAGCACUAUGAACUGCAUGGAUGUGAAAACCACAAAUCUGACUUCGGGACAAUAUUUAUCAAGGUUUUUAGCCAACACCACUUUCAGAGGUCUCAGUGGCUCCAUCAAAGUAAAAGGUUCUACCAUCAUCAGUUCAGAAAACAACUUCUUCAUCUGGAACUUGCAGCAUGACCCUGUGGGAAAGCCCAUGUGGACUCGCCUGGGCAGCUGGCAAGGGGGACGAAUUGUCAUGGACUCUGGAAUAUGGCCAGAGCAGGCCCAGAGGCACAAAACCCACUACCAGCACCCAAAUAAGUUACACUUGAGAGUGGUGACCUUGAUUGAACACCCAUUUGUUUUCACAAGAGAAGUAGACGACGAAGGCUUAUGCCCUGCUGGACAACUCUGUCUAGACCCAAUGACUAAUGACUCUUCCAUAUUGGACAGCCUGUUUAACAGCCUCCAUAGCAGUAAUGACACAGUGCCAAUCAAAUUCAAGAAGUGCUGCUAUGGGUAUUGCAUUGAUCUGCUGGAACAGCUAGCAGAAGACAUGAACUUUGACUUUGACCUCUACAUUGUAGGGGAUGGAAAGUAUGGAGCUUGGAAAAAUGGUCAUUGGACCGGGCUCGUUGGCGAUCUCUUGAGUGGAACUGCCAACAUGGCAGUCACUUCUUUCAGCAUCAAUACUGCACGAAGCCAGGUGAUAGAUUUCACCAGCCCUUUCUUCUCAACCAGUUUGGGCAUCUUAGUGAGGACUCGAGACACAGCAGCUCCAAUUGGAGCCUUCAUGUGGCCACUCCACUGGACCAUGUGGCUGGGGAUUUUUGUAGCUCUGCAUAUCACUGCCAUCUUUCUCACUCUGUAUGAAUGGAAAAGCCCAUUCGGUAUGACUCCUAAGGGGCGGAAUAGAAACAAAGUCUUCUCCUUCUCUUCUGCUUUGAAUGUCUGUUAUGCCCUUCUGUUUGGCAGAACAGCAGCCAUCAAACCCCCAAAAUGCUGGACUGGGAGAUUUCUGAUGAAUCUCUGGGCCAUUUUCUGUAUGUUUUGCCUUUCUACAUACACGGCAAACUUGGCUGCUGUCAUGGUAGGUGAGAAGAUCUAUGAAGAGCUUUCUGGGAUUCAUGACCCUAAGCUUCAUCAUCCUUCUCAAGGCUUCCGUUUUGGGACUGUCCGGGAAAGCAGUGCUGAAGACUACGUACGGCAAAGCUUCCCAGAGAUGCAUGAGUAUAUGAGAAGGUACAACGUACCAGCCACCCCUGAUGGAGUACAGUAUCUGAAGAAUGAUCCAGAGAAACUAGAUGCCUUCAUCAUGGACAAAGCCCUUCUGGAUUAUGAAGUAUCAAUAGAUGCUGACUGCAAGCUUCUGACUGUGGGGAAGCCAUUUGCCAUUGAAGGAUAUGGCAUUGGUCUCCCUCCCAACUCUCCAUUGACCUCUAAUAUAUCUGAGCUCAUCAGUCAAUACAAGUCUCAUGGGUUUAUGGAUGUGCUACAUGACAAGUGGUACAAGGUGGUUCCCUGCGGAAAGAGAAGCUUUGCUGUCACUGAGACUUUGCAAAUGGGCAUCAAGCAUUUUUCUGGACUCUUCGUGCUACUGUGCAUUGGAUUUGGUCUCUCGAUCCUGACAACCAUUGGUGAACACAUAGUGUACAGACUGCUGCUGCCACGAAUCAAAAACAAAUCUAAGCUGCAAUACUGGCUGCACACCAGUCAGAGAUUUCACAGAGCACUAAACACAUCAUUUGUAGAAGAAAAGCAGCCAUGUUUCAAGACAAAACGUGUGGAAAAGAGGUCCAACAUGGGACCCCAGCAGCUCAUGGUGUGGAAUACUUCUAAUCUGAGUCAUGACAACCAACGAAAGUACAUCUUUGGUGAUGAGGGAGGACAAAACCAGCUGGGUACCCAGACCCACCAGGACAUCCCUCUCCCUCCAAGGAGAAGAGAGCUCCCUGCCUCACUGACCACCAAUGGGAAAGCAGACCCCCUCAAUGUAGCUCGGAACUCAGUGAUGCAGGAACUCUCCGAGUUGGAGAAGCAGAUCCAAGUGAUCCGCCAGGAGCUGCAGUUGGCCGUAAGCAGGAAAACAGAGCUGGAGGAGUAUCAAAGGACAAAUCGGACUUGUGAAUCCUAGGCAGUGCCACUGCUCCCCUUUCUCAGCCCCCGAUAUUCUGAAGCCCUUGAGGCACUUUGUAAAUCUCUUUUGUAUUGACUGACAAGGUGUGGGGUCUGGCAGUGAAGUGUGCUGUCCUCAGCCUAACAUGCAGCAGCAGCAGCUCUUCCCACACAUGCCCCCCAGGUCUCCAGGGUAGGAAUCUUUUCCAUAGCAGGAACCUAGAGUUAGUCAGGGGUAAAGUCUGUACAAGGAGAUUGGUGAGCAGCCGCCAGAGGGCUCUGGCUCCUGUCAACCUUUUCACCUGGUGCCACAAUAUUUCUGGUUUUUAGCCCUUUCUGUGCACUUCAACAAGAGAUAAAAAUUAUUGCUUAUACCUAUGUCUUACUGGGUUGGUUUUUAAUAUUAUUACAAAAUAGAAUUAUCCAGGUUUGCAGAUUUGAUACAACUCCCCAAUCUAAAUUUGAUCUUACAUUCUGAAUAAGCAGGGUAGGAGCCAGGAAAACUGGGGCAGAGCAGAUACAUUUAAAGAAAAAAAAAAAAAAAUGGAGCUCAGAAUUACCACAGGCAAGGGGGGACUGGCUAAGCUAGCACCGAGUGCUUGAGCAGCUCUGGCUCUCUGAGCCCACCCCAACUAACAUUUAGCAGAAACAUGUUGAUGCACCACUAUGAACGAGAAAGGGAAGCAAGGAGAGCAGAGGGCAGGCAGACGGGGAAUUAGCAAUGUACACGGUGCACUUAAAAUAAAGCUCUGGGCCAGAAAGGCAAUUUGGCUAAAGAAUGUAUUGCACUAUACUUCUAAUGUAACUAAGCAUCUCCACCAUAGCAUGUACCUUUUAUAAAGGAGAGAGCAGAGCAAGGCCAUGUCCUUAGCAGGAACCUGUGCUAUUCCCUAGUUAAUACCUGUACCAGGGUCUGUGAGCUGACACUGUUAAGGGAAAUGUUCUUCAUACAUGUGAGGCUGUUUUCAGAUUAGUGGUCCCCUCUUAGCCUGAGGAACCCCAGAAGCAACCAGGGGUUUAUGAACAUCACAAAUGUCAAAUACUGGAGUCUGCCCCAUUUCAUCCUCUCCCAUCCUUACACUUACUGGUCUCCUAUGAACGGUGGCUAAAUUUUAGUGAUUAUCCUCCUGGCUCCAUAUAAUGCCCUCAGAAAUGGAUGUAAUUAACCUAGCUCCCCCUUUGCUUAGUCAUCACUUUCUAGUCAUAUAAUUGCUGGCUUGCAGAAAGGAAAGAAACAUGAGACCUCUAGACUUCCUAUAUGCUCCCAAAUAUUGGCAAGGUAAUCAUCUAAGGCCCUCUUCAGAGUGCCGAUUGCCAAGAGUUAUGUUGGGUGGACUUAGUGGUGGGCUCAGAAUCCUAAUGCUAGCCAGCACCCCAGAACACACCACAGCCCUAAAGUUACUCUCAGAGAAGCAAUGCUCUGGAAGUUUGGCAACCUCCAGCACGUGAGAAGGAAGGAGAGCCUGUCUUUUCUUCUUUUACUUCAGCACUCAACUACUUACUGACUGGUAUCCACAUCCCCACAUCCCCACCUUAACACCAGGAUUCCAUUUAGAAGUAGACUUUUCUGUUGAUCAAUGCUAUUUCAUCUUCUCCAUCUUGCUUAUUCAGUUAAUGUCUACAUUGAACGCACAACACUGUGCCAAGAAGUGCUCAGAUCAUUAAAUGGGGCUUCCAUCAUAAAAUUCCUCCCACUUUGGGACACAAUGUCUGCACUCCUCUGAGAGCUUCACAGAUCCCUAGAUAAAGACAGUGGCCUACAUUGUAAUCAAAACAUCUGAGUAAUGAGUUUAAUGACUGGGUAAACCUAGGAGUGCAAGUAAGCUCAGAUAUUCAAGAGGAGGCAGGGGGGCUGUAAAAACAGAUUUCAGCCUCACAGAUUAAACACUCCAGUGAGGAGAAAUCGGCUGGAAAACAGAAGAGGGCAAUGUGCUCUGUAGUGCCCUCAUACCCUCUUGUACUCUCAUCCCAGCAGGGCUCAGCUGCCUUUAGCAGGUGCCCUCCCUCAGCCAUUGCCACCUAUCUGUAACAAUGUCCUGGGGACACUGCUCUGAGCAUCCCUGGAUACCUGCUCAGCAUGCAAGGCUGAUGUAUAGUGUACCUCAACUCACAUGACAGUCAUGCUCCUGUGGUACAUGGACAUUUGUGCAACAACUCAUAUUCCGACUGUACUUGAGAGGCUGACUAUUUAAGGGAACACAGAGGUGAAUUCUUUUGUAAAGAAUCCUUUUGUAAUGCAAACAAUUCUCCCUUAAGGUAUCUGUUUUGUAAGUUUGGAUUUUUGUAUAUCUAGUUUAUCUUAAGCUUCUCUACUGAGGCAUUCUGAGUAGUGAUCACAUUGCAGAGCAUCCUGCCUACCCACAGAGCAGAGAACACAAGCACGCUCUUAAGAGGAGCUACUUGGCCAAUAUUGUGGCCAGGAUGCAACAAGGAGCAACAAGAGUAAAGGAGGCUUACUGCUGUCAGCACUGCUUAAAAUGCUUCCAAUGUCCUGGGUAAAGAAAAAACAUAAUUGCUUGUGAGGCAGUUUUCAUGAUAAAUAGCAAAAUUUUUAAUGGUAGUAAUUGAACAGUGUUUUGCAAUUUGUGAAACAGUGUGCUGUGUUUUGUACAGAUUUCACAAAAGGGGGAGUCCUUCUAAACCUUUUGUUCUGCUCCACCUCAGUUCUCUCACCUACCGCUCAGGCUCACAGAGGAAAGCUUCCAGCGGUAGGGCUGUUGGAAUGAGCUAAGGGAUGCUGCCGUGCCAUGUGAACUCCCAUUUCAUAGGAUCAGGAAAUCCUGUUCCCACCCAGGUUCAGGUACUGCAAAACCUGGAAUGUGGCCCAUUCUCCAAGGGGGCCUUGCAAGGGAAGCACAUGAAGCAUGAUCGGGUAAGCUGGUUUGUUUGAAUAAGGGUUCCACAGUGUUUUUGCCACAAGAGAAGAAAAAGUAUUCCUCCAACGACAAAAGCAAGUUAGAACAGCUGGGAAAGUCAAGGAGGCAGCUGCACAGACCUAAGAAGUUAGGGUAUGUACUAUGCCAGAGUUUCCUAUUAUUCUAAGAUUUGCACAAACCCUAUUCAGGAAUGGCUGCUUCCCUCCUCCCCCCUCCCCCCAAAUAUGGUACGUGGAGCCAUGCAGAACAAAACUGCACCACUGAGGUAACUCCUUGGUGUUGGAUCAGCUAGAGCCUUGAGGCAUAGUUGAGCACCCCUUUGUGUGGAUCAAGAAAGGGAAAGAAAGAAACUACUUCAGAGUCUCUUUUCUUCUCAACUCAUUUGGAAAGGCAACCCUGAAAAUCCACUCAGUCUUCAGCAGAAAUUGCUUUUCUAGUCAUUAAAACCACUUCACCACCUGCGUUGUUUUGUUAUGCCUUCCUCCCCACCCCACUCUCCCACUCCCGCCAAACUCUCUUGUUUAGUUGUCAAUCAUUUUAUGAAAAUGCAGUGCUUCUAAGUAUUUCCUUAAGGUCUGUGAACAGUAUUUGCCCUGUGUCUUCAUUUCAGUGUGUGUGCAACUGCUCCUCCGCUCCAAGAACUGACCCGCUGUCUUGUGAGCAUGACGUGAACAGGCUGUUUUGCUCCAGCCACUUUUCUUGUACAACCACGGGGAUGGACUAGAUGUCCUCGGGUCUUUUCCAUCUUCGCUUUCUAUGACUGUGGAAUAAAUGUUCAGAUAGAAACUUCA